AUGAAUCUCACCUGCUCUACUUGUCAAAAUCAAAUUAAUUGUGCUAAUUGCUCAACUAAACCAACUAAUUUUAACCAACAAACCAACUCAAAUAAAAGCAAUGUUGAAAUCAUUGAACUAACUGGAACUUUACAAAGAAACUUAGGAACCAAGCAAGACAAAAACGGCAAAGAAUUCUACUUUGGCACUUUAAAGUUAGAUGAUGACACCGAACAAGUUAUUUUUUUCUUUGACCCAGAUUAUAAUUUAAAAAUGAAAUUACAAACAUUAGAUCAAGGAGACCGAAUUAAAGUUUCCGGCUUUAUUAAUAGAAUAGGAAAGUUCACAGUUAAAGAAUUGACUGAUGAUGGCAAAUACUCUACUGCCGAACAAAAAGCCCAAGAAAGAAGUAUCAUUACUUCACAAAUCAAAGAAGAAAGAGAAAAACAAGGAAUUAACGAAUUAUUAGAAGGUGGAGAAUUAGAUUUACGCGAAUUCACUAGUUUAGAAAAAAUAGAAAUCGACCAAAAACUUUUAAAAACUCCUCUUACUAAAUUAAAUAUUAAUGAAACCGAGGAAGAAAAGAAAUUAUACGGAGAAUUAGGAAUUAGCGAAGAUACCGAAAAGAAAAAAUUAGUCAGGGAAAUAAGAAAAUUAGCCGAAUUAUGGUCUACUCAAAACAAUAAAAAAGCAAGCAUCCAUUUUGCCACGGAAAAAGCCCCCAAAGACCAAUUAAAAGAAGAAAUUUUGGAACUAGUCAGCCAAGAAUUGAACAAAAAUCCUAGCGAGGAAGAAUUAGAGAAAUUACACUUUAAGGCAAAGGUUAAUUGUAAUUCAAACCAGGAAUAUGUUAUUCAAGUAAAUUAUAAUUCUCAAAGUCCAUUUAAAGACAAGAUAAAAGAAUUAAUGAUUACUACCCCUUUACAGUCCGAAAUCGAAAGUUUACGGCAAGAAAACACUAAUUUAAAGCAACAAACUAUUUUAGUUGAACCAAUUGGAACUUUUAAACAAAGCGAAGUCGCUAUUCAAAGAUUACUUGAAAAAACUGAAAAAGAAUGA